AUGGCCAGGCUGAGGCUCUGCCUGGCUCUGCUCUCUGUGCUCUGCUCGCUUCUGGCUGAGAGCAAGGAAGCCUGUGUGGAAGGCACUCACCGAGCCCCGCCCCCGCAGAGCGCCCACAGCGCCAGCCUGGCACAGCUUUGGAUUCGUCGUGCUGGGGCUUUCUGCGAGGCGGACCUUUCCGAACUGAGGACGGUGACUCUCCUCGUCCACUGCCGCCAGACACGAGAGGUCUGCGAGCUGCGGCGGCCCCUGAUCCUCUCCUACAGGCCCUUCUUCCGGGAAGUCCGCUGGCUGCUUUCCUGGCCCAACUCGACUGGCCAGUUGCGAGCGGAGGAGCAUCUUUGCGAGAAGCCGGGGGACCCCUACCUCUGCGUGACGAAGGUCGGAAAACAGCUGGAGAGGGAGGGAACCGCUUCCAGAGGCAUCCUCUACAUGCACUUCGAUGCCGUCUUGGCGCCCUGCUCCUUUGCCCAGCACUUCGAUGCCCGUAAGAUUGGCACUUUCGGCUCCAAGGCCCAGCUGCGCUGGGACACCUUCGAGGGCCUCGACCGCUGCAACGGAAUCAGCGCAGUAGGCUUCGAGUCCCUCCCAAAUCUGCACUGUCCCUGGCACCUGUGGGAGUCCAACCGCCCGCGCUUGCGGGAUGCCCUUGCCGAGCUCCGACACGCAGGGGUGCUGUCAUUUCCGCCGGAGCUGUCUCAGGGCUGUUGGACUGGCUACGACGACCUGUUUUACUUGCCGUGGCCAGCUCUUCACACCUACGGAGUUCUCGCCGAGAUCUUUGCACGGCACAAUGUCCAUCACGAGAUAGCAGGGCCGACUGCCCUGGCCGUCGCGAGCCUGAAUGGCCUUGAGAUGCAGGACUUCGGUUGCAACCUCGGGGUUCUGACUCCUCUCACGUUGCGGGUGGUGACUGCGCCCGACUUCGUUUGUGGUCAUGAGGUACAUUACCAGGAAGACGGCAUGGUGGAGGCUGUGGAAGCAGUCAUCAAAGGAAACGCCACUCUCCUGCUCCAAGCCUUCGCGAAUGAACAGCGAAGUUUCCUUCACAUUCUCGACUGGGGUGUUUGGGGGGAGCUGCCUGCUAUGUGCAUCUUACUCGGGGCAGGGUUAGCUUUGUGUCUGUGUCCGGACACUCGUGAUCGGGUCCUUUUCUCAUACAUUGUGUGCGCGAUUUACGUGCUGAUUUCAGUAGUCAUCGACCUGUCCAUGGCCGUUCAGUCCGUCCAGGCGCCCCAUGAGGAUUACAAAUUCGAGCCCAUGUGUGCGGUCCUGCUUACAGAGCUUCUGAAGCUCGUGGUUUCCCUUUGCCUAAUCCUAUAUGCCCAAUGCAGCCAUUGCAGCACUCAGAUGAUGCCAAGCGCAGAAGACGUGGGGUGGCUCGUGCUGCCGGCAGUAAUUUUCACCUUGAACAACAUCUUGGUGUGGUGGGCCAUCGGCAGCAAUGAUAUCUCUACUUUCGGAGUCUUCCGGGACACCAUGAUCCUUUGGACAGCCUUUCUGUGGCGGAUGGUCUUCGGAGUUCCCCUGGGGCCGACUCGCCUCCUGGCCAUUGCUGUGCUGGUCUUCGGCCUGGCUCUGAACCAGCUCGAGAACUUGCUACAGAGUCGCUUCUCCUGGCCCCUGUUGCUGGUGCUGUUGAUGACUGCUUGCAAUGCUAUGGGCUCGGUGGUGAACGAGUUCGCAUUGAAGCGCCGGGACGGCCUGGACAUCAAUGUCCAGAAUGCUAUUCUGUACGCAGCAGCCAUAGUGUUCACGGCUCUUCUGAUCCUGGCUUCCGGGAGGGGCCUGGAUCUUUACACCCAUGGCGUCUUCCGAGGGUUCACACGACACACCAUGUUCACAGUGAUCCUGCAGGCCUUCGCGGGACUGGCUGUCUCCAGGAUACUCAAAUACUCGGAUGCCGUGCAGAAGAAUAUCGCCGCAUGCCUAAGAGGCCCGAUUCUGGUUGUCAUCUCGCCUGCUUUUGUCCGUUCCUCUGCGAGCAUCCUUACCUUCUUCUCUGCCGCGAUAGUCGCCUCAGGCUGCGCUAUCUACUUACACCAGGGACCUGUAGGUGCCAACAAUGGCAUCAAGGACAAGAGCCGCGGUGCCUCUCAUUGA